UUUAUUUGAUUGUUGAAGUUGACAAAUGGAAUAUGUAAGAAAUGUACAUUAUUUUAAAAAAAUAGGGAAUAAAUAAUGAUUGGUUGGUUAUAUCCUUGCAAUGCCUACACAUCGCGCAAAAGGGGGUCACAAACCCUCAGAUGAAAGUGUAUCAAAGGAUUCUAAGUUUUUGGAUAAAGUGGUGGAUUUGCUAAGCAUUCCAGCGAAAAAGUACAAGAGUGAAUUGGAUAAUGCAUCUCCUUCUAAGAAUAAUCAAUCAAUCAAUAGGUCAUCGCAAGUUACUUUCCACUAUGAAUCGAAACUACUGCGUCAGUUUUGGUCAAAAUACAAAGAUGAAAGGUGUUUCAGUCAAUUACCUGAUGUGGAAAAGUUUCUUAAAAUACUUCGAGAUUUAAUAAAGACGCGCCUGCGUAACAGUUAUUGGAAUGAAAAUGCUACUUUAGAAAAUUUCUAUCGCUUGUUUCAAUGUCUACGUGUAUUAUUACGAGAUCAGAACUUUCAGAAUGAGCUUCAUGCUUUAGAUGGUUUUCCUGUCAUAGCGAAGAAUUUACAUUUGUUCAGUAAAAAUCAUAUGAGUUAUAACAGUGAUGAAUUAGUGACAGACACUUUGAAAGAAAUCACCAAUAUAUGUCAAAAAUUAUCUGCAGAAACUCAUCAACGAAUGAUAGUAGUAAAUCAUGGAAUACAUGAGUCUUUGGUGUUAUUAUUAUCAUCCAAUGAUGUUCUCGUGUUACAUUUGACUUUGUAUGCUCUAAUUGGUUUAACCAAGAGCGAGGAACCAAAAGCAAUAAUAUGUGAAUUGAAUUGUGUGGAAAUAUUAAUUCAAAUUGUGGAAGAUUAUGAUGUGACAUCAAAACAACUUGCUGUCACGUUGCUGAGACAAUUGUGUACUGACUUAAGCAUAAGAGAACAAGUUAAAGUAUUUCACGGAAUACCGGUCCUGCUCAGUUUAUUGAGGAGUGACACGCUGAAGUUGUUAUGGAAUGUGGUUUGGAUAUUGGUGCAGUUAGCAGAAGAUAGUGAUACCAGCAAUGAGAUUCGCUUGCUGGGUGGCAUUCCACUUUUGAUUGCUCUACUACAGAAUGGUGAGUAUGCAGUUGAAGAAAAGAAUCUAGAAGGUUCUACAAGUAUUGAGAGCGUACCCAUCGAACAAAAAUUAUCUUUGAAAGCAGCUGUGUGCGCUGCAUUGACUGAACUUGUUUUAAAUGACAUUAAUGCCCGCCAUGUUGUCCAGGCUAAUGGAAUCUACCUUGUUGCAAUGCUUGUCUUUUAUGAACAAGGUGAUGGUGAUGAUCACAUCAAAUCAGCUGAGCAGCAGUUACAAAAAAAUGCAUUCAGAGCUCUUAGAUUUCUUUUCAGUAUGGAAAGGAAUCGUCAGCUAUUUAAAAGAUUAUUUCCAGUGGAAUUAUUCGAAAUUUUCAUUGAUGUUGGACACUACCAGAAAGAUCUCGAUUCAUACAGCCACCUGGUGGAUUCAUUUAAUUCUUUGCCGGAACACGAUCUGCUGGAGAUGAAACAAAGAGUUCAAGAAACCAAUCAGAACAAAGCACCUAGCUCGUAUAUACAACAGUAUGCAGUAUAUGAACAUCUUGGAUCUGGUGCUUUUGGAAGUGUGUACAAAGUAAAAAGACAAGGUGGACAAACAUUUCUUGCUAUGAAAGAGAUUCCAACACACAGACCUGAGUUUGGUAAAAGUAUGAAAGAGCGACAUGACAGUGUUGAUAGCAUUAUCAAUGAAUGUUCAUUUGUGAAGAAACAAUUAAAUCAUACAAACAUCGUGAAGUAUCAUAAAGCUUUUAUGGAAGGUGACAAGCUUUAUAUUAUAAUGGAUCUGAUUGAUGGAGCACCAAUUGGAGAACAUUUCAAUUCUUUAAAAGAGAAAGGACAAAUGUUUACUGAAGAACGAAUAUGGGACAUUUUUGUUCAGAUGGUGUUGGCAUUACGUUACAUUCAUAAAGAAAAAUUCAUUGUACACCGUGACCUCACCCCUAACAAUAUCAUGUUAGGUGAAAAUGAUAAGGUUACCAUUACUGAUUUUGGCUUAGCGAGACAAAAAAAUCCAGAUGCUAGUAACCUGCGUUCUAUGGUUGGCACAAUAUUAUACUCCUGUCCUGAAGUCGUCAAAGGACUGCCAUAUGGUGAGAAAGCUGAUAUAUGGGGAAUUGGAUGUAUCUUGUACCAGAUGGCGACGUUAGCACCUCCAUUUAAUUCAACCAAUAUGUUAUCACUAGCAACAAAGAUAGUUGAAGCAGAAUACGAACCACUCCCUGAAAAUUUAUACUCAACUAAACUUUCUCUCGUAAUACGAAGAUGUUUAACAGUGAAAGCUGAGGAUCGUCCUGAUAUUUUAGAAGUUGCUGGUAUUAUACCAGAUAUUUUGAUGGGACAUCUCGAAAGGUUAAGGGUGCAUAAUUCUACAAUGGAGAAAAAACUUGAGAAAGAAAAAAGACGUGUGGAGAAGCACACUGCCCACUUGAAAAAUCAACGAAUAAUUUACAACGAGAAUCAUUUCGAUAGCUUUUCUGAGAGUUCAAACAGUAAAACGUUGGACAGUGUCUUCGGUGAUAAUGGUCAAACGGAUAGUGAAGUAUCAGAUGACCAAAAAAAUACUAUUAAUGGGAGAUAUGACCGAGCUAACACGCACCCUGAGGAAGUAACAAAUCCAAUUCAAAUCAACCGAAGGUUAAAAUUUGACCACGCUUCUUCUUCCAGUUUAGUUGACGGUAACGAGGAUGAAAUAUUUCGCAGACCGAGGACCCCGCCGCGCAAGUUACUUCCAAUUGAAAAUGUUAGACAUCAAUCACAAACAGACCUCGGUCCAGUCAUUGUGGAAAAAGAUAACAUUAAAAGAACUCAAAGCUGUUCUUACAUUGACAAUAUGAAGACCGGAAUGGCGAGGACGCCACAAAAAUACAGACCAAUUUCAGCACACCCCACAUUAAGUAUAUCACCUCGGAAAGUUCGUGAAAUAAACGAUCCAGUGUUGCAAAUGCUGGGACAGCUUCAUAAAAUACUCUAUAUAUCGCAGCUUCCACCAUCUUUAAAGUUCGACCCAAAUCGUCGGUUAAUCGACCAAUAUAAAAAGUCGCUGUUUUCUACACCCAGUUCAGCAAUGCACUUAAAAAAUGAAUUAAAAAAGCUGCUUGAAGGAUCAAAAGAACAAGUUGAUGUUCAGAUGGGGCAUACCACAAAUUUCAGUUCAUCGUCGACAAACUUGAAUGAGCACGCACUUGGUGUAACGUAUGAAGAUUUGCAGUCGAUCCUUGAUAAAUGUCUCAUGAAAACUGGUUAUUUUAACAUACCACCUACUCACAGAAUAAAACCACUUGCUCCGAUUGGUGCGCAUGCGUCAAACAAAGAUGUCACGUGACAUGCUUGCAGUCGGUAAAAUUUUUAUAAUUUAUAGGAAAUAGCGAAAUAAGGAUGUAAUAUAUGUAUAUUAGUGAAAGAUUAAAAGGGCUGUGAAAUACUUACCCUCGAACCCCGCUCGUAUCCCGUUCAGACCCCGACCAAAGCCAUUGCUGUGUUACAAGUUUUUUAACGUCAUUAUAUGUGUUAACUAAGCCUAAGAAUAGCUUAUUUUGAUCGUGUUGAAUUCUCCGACAUUGUUAUCUUAAGCUUAGGGUUGGGCCCGAUAUUAGCCGUGAUGUUAUUUAAAACGUGUUACAACUCGUUUAACGUAAUAUUUUAUCAACUCUCCCUUAGUACAGAAAAUAUAAUCUUACUGAGUCAUACGAUGUUUUUUGUUGUCGAUUCAAACUUUUUUUACGACGACGUCAUUUUUUUGACGGGGGAAUGUUAUAGCUAGUAUGACGUAUGCUCUUAUGAUGUGAAACUACUUGUUUUAAAAAAUAAAUUAUUUGUUCGUAAGUGUUACAAGGUUUUUAUAUAAUAAUAUGAUGAUGUAUAAAUAUAAUAAUUCAGUAAUAUAUCUCCAAGCCAAAUGGAAAA